CAACAUUCUCAUUCAUAAGUGCUUGUUGGAGAGCUAUUGAUGGCUGUCCCCGCAAUUCUCUUAAGCACGCUUGGUUAGUUAAGUCUCUGUUCUCAUCAAUAACAAGCACAUUUCCGCUCCUGUUGACUUCGAUCAACAACCCUGUACACUCAUGAAGCAGUUUGAGACUGCGGAUGAAAAGUUCUCGUCUCUCUGUAGCAGCACCUCCAUGGAAUAAUGUAGAGGGCGGUCACGUGCCGUGAAUGCUUUAAUGAAGACCGAAACGAUCGAAGAUGUUCUGGAGUCCGAGAUGAGUCCAUAAAUUGAUUAAGGGGUUUCUUGCUCAGCGAUUGUCUAGCUAGCCUCGUGUAGAUGGAUGGAGAGUGUACAGCCGCCAACUGUGACGAGGAUAAGCCCAAAGUAUCGCGAACUUCCAGUUUGUGGGUUUAGCAUGUGCACAUUCGUGCCAAUUUAUAUAACUUCAACGUGUCCCUUGGUGUGACGAUUGUAGUGUAAGCGGUGUAGGUUUAGUUUUUGCCCGAAUGAUCUCCCGGGCAACGAUGUUUGAGGGUGCAAAUGCUGCACUGUUGCUGGGCGCAAUUAGGGUUCACAAAGUCCGUGGAGGGACGUUGGUUUGAAUUGGGUGAUCCGGAAACAUUUCGGAGGAGUUGGUGCGCUUUUGGCAAUUUGUGGGUUGUGAGAUUGCCCGAAUGUAGCUCAAUGCAGUAUACUCGAACUGUUUCGGAGUAGACUUGAUUAGAGAAGAGCCUUUCGUGGUUUCUGUAACCCCUUUACUCCACUCAUUUGAAUGUUUUAAUUACGCGCAUGAAAGCGGACUUGGGGACAUUUGAAAGGACUCCACUGUAACGUGGCAGCAAUAUGAGGCUUUCUUUCACACCUCUCUCAUUGCUUGAACCGGAAUCUCUUAUCGUGUCACGCAGUCAGACCUCCAGCUUGAAAUUACUGCAACCAUUUUGCUGGAUUGAUUCUGUUUUGGUUGCAACAGGGAGCCUUGGUUUUAAAACCUUCGAAUGUAGUGUCCUUUCCUUACGAGACUCUUGCAAGUUUAGACUUAAUUUAAAGCAAAGAAUUUACAGGCGCAAUUUUUAUACUCUCAACCCUCAGAGAGAACAUUUCACGCAGUUGCAAGCCUACCCCUACGUGUGCUGCUCCGUUGCCAAUACAUCUGAUUUUACAUCUGGAAAUUCUGCAAGCCCAGGUCCUUUCCGACAUAAAUCCACAGAAUUGUCUUUGUUAAAUGUCUCUGAGGAAGUACCAUCGCUUAGCGUCCGUUCAGAUGUACACUUAGGAAAGAUCUUCGUAGGCAAUUUACCUCACUACGUCAAGAAGGAGGCUGUUCAAGAGUUUUUUUCAAAAUGUGGGCCCGUGCAAGACAUCUUCUUAGUACGAAACAAUUCCGACCCACAGAAGAAGAAAAGAGGUUAUUGUUUUUUGUUUUUUGGAGGCCCUGAUCCGCACAGUGCAGCUAUGCGAGCUGUUGAACUGGAUGGUGCAGAAUUCUAUGGAAAACUUCUUCGAGUUAAGGUUGACUAUCGGAGCUGGCAGCCCCACGAGAAAGAGAAAGCGUCCAAUACUUUUAAGAAAUUAAUUGAGGAGCAACCUAAAGAAGUGCGGAAGGUGGUCAAUGCUUUCAAGAGAAUUGAUAAGGCAGUGGAACGAGAUUAUGCAUUGCUAAUACAUUACUAUGGAAAGCGUGGGGAUAAGCGUGGUGCGCGCGUUACAUUUGAGAAAAUGCGUGCUGCAGGCAUUGAUUCAAGUGUCCAUGCUUACAACAACAGCUUGAUACGUGCAUACAUAAUGGCUCAAAAUUUGCAAGGAGCGGUUUCUUGUGUUGAGGAAAUGGAAAUCGAGGGUAUUUUCCCAAAUGCAGCCACUUUCAGUGCGAUUAUAUCAGGGUACGGAAGUUCAGGAAACGUUGAAGCUGCAGAGAAGUGGUUCCAAAGAUCAGUGAGUGAAAACUGGAACCACAAUGUUGCCAUUUACAGCAGCAUCAUUCAUGCCUACUGCAAAGCAGGCAACAUGGAGCGGGCAGAAGCCUUAGUGGCAGACAUGGAGGAACAGGGAUUGGAGGCAACACUUGGUCUUUACAAUAUAUUGAUGGAUGGUUAUGCCCGUUGUCAUAUUGAGGCUCAGUGCUUGAAUGUCUUCCACAAGUUGAAGGCAAGGAUCGUGACCUUUGGUAAAAGUGGACUUGAAAGAAUAAAUGACACCGGCUUGUCUCCAACCGCAGUCACCUAUGGUUGUCUCAUAAAUCUGUAUACGAAGCUUGGGAAGAUGAUGAAAGCAUUGGAGUUCUGCAAAGAAAUGAAGGCUCAAGGCAUCACACUUAAUCGCAACACUUAUUCAAUGCUUGUUGAUGGAUACGUUCAGCUGGGUGAUUUUGCAAAUGCGUUUUCUGUCUUUGAAGACAUGUCAGAAGCAGGCAUUGAACCAGACUGGGUCACAUAUAACAUUCUGUUAAAAGCCUUUUGCAAAAGUCGACAGAUGACUCGAGCUAUACAGCUGCUUGGCCGCAUGAAAACAAGGGGUUGCUCACCUACAAUUCAAACAUACAUUACCAUUAUUGAUGGCUUCAUGAAAACCGGAGAUGUGCGGAUGGCAUAUAAAACAGUUUCAGAAAUGAAGUUGGCUGGUUGCCGCCCAAAUGCAACUACAUACAAUGUCAUCAUGCACAAUCUUGUUCAGUUAGGCCAGAUCGAUAGAGCUGCAUCUGUCAUUGAUGAAAUGGAGUUGGCUGGAGUUCAGCCUAAUUUCCGCAGUUACACUACCCUUAUGCAGGGGUUUGCCAGCAUAGGAGAGAUUGGACUGGCUUUCAAGUGUUUGAAGCGCGUCAACGAAAUAACGCAAAAACCACCCAUUAUUUCAUAUGCCUCUCUUUUGAAGGCCUGUUGUAAGGCAGGACGUAUGCAGAACGCUAUUGCAGUUACUGAAGAGAUGGCUUUUGCAGGUGUCCCAAUGAACAAUUACAUCUUCAACACUCUGCUUGAUGGGUGGGCUCAGAGAGGAGACAUGUGGGAGGCAUAUGGUAUAAUGCAAAAGAUGCGUCAAGAGGGCUUCACCCCUGAUAUUCAUUCUUAUACUUCCUUUGUCAAUGCAUGUUGCAAGGCAGGGGACAUGCAGAAAGCAACUGAAACCAUCGAGGAGAUGAAACAGCAAGAUCUACAACCGAACCUGCAAACCUACACAAUUCUCAUACAUGGAUGGACAUCUGUAUCCCAUCCAGAGAAAGCACUGAUUUGCUACGAUGAAAUGAAAGCUGCUGGAUUAAUACCUGAUAAACCACUUUACUAUUGCAUUGUGACCUCACUUCUUUCGAAGGCAGCAAUUGCUCGUGAGACAGUAAGGAAUGGUGUGCUACAAGUGACUUCCGAAAUGGUAGACCAAGGUAUGUGCAUUGAUUUGGCAACUGCCAAGCAAUGGCAACGCUCUCUGAUGAAUGUUGAGAGGCGACCGGGCGAAUUGACGAGAGCCGUGGAGCGAAUAUUUCCACCAGAGUGGAAGGCGACAGCGGAAGGAGCACGUGUAAAAGAGAAAAGAGGCUCUGCUGGCAACAUACCGACUCCGACAACGACAACCAAGAGGAAUAAGAGUCGUUACCAGAUUAUGAAAAGGGAGGAAUAGUUGCUGUGUCUUGUACUGAUUGAUUGAUUGAAAACAUGUGAUUACAUUAGUGUCCCUGUCUGCAGUGCUUGCCUGUGAUGUGAACUUGAUUCAACGUUAGAUAUCUCUAUGUAAAGUUUUUUUAUGAAAUACAUGGUUAAAGCUUUAAGAAAGCAUGUUUAUAAAACAGUUAGACUUUCUAGUCA